GAGAUCAAAAAGAGAGGGAAGAGGGUGAAGUGCUGUAAGCUACCACUGCGACCACAAUGGGAGGUUCGCGAGUUCAAGUCAAUAAGGCUCACAAAUCCCGUUUCUCUUCUAAAUCUUCUCGCCAUCUUCACAAAACCUCUGCCAAAGAUAGAAUCGCAAAAACAGAACGCAAUGUUGGCAAAGGAGCUCGUGCAGCUCGAAUUCAGAGAAAUAAAAUGAUACGUGAACAAAAAAGGGCUGCUAUUUUGAAAGAAAAAAGAGAACUGAGUGGGUCGACAUGUCCUCCUCGAGUGAUAGUUCUCUUUGCCCUCUCUGCUUCUGUGGAUUUAGAAUCACUUGCUGUUGAUCUCUUAUCAUCAUUAUCUGAAGAUUCGUCUGCGGUGCUGUCAGGAACAGUUGCUUCUUCUGAAUAUAGGACAAGAACAACGGUACUAAAAGCACCUCAUGGUGAUCUAGUAUCAUGCAUGGAGAUGGCUAAGGUUGCUGAUCUACUGGUUUUUGUGGUCUCAGCAGAAGAAACUGAUUCUGACUACAUUGAUUCAUUUGGAAAUCAAUGCCUUUCUGUAUUUAGGUCUCUUGGUUUACCAAGCACUGUUGUCUUUGUUCGUGAUCUACCCACUGAGCUUAAGCAAAGAAAUGAACUGAAGAAGAGAUGCACGUCUUGUCUUGCCUCUGAAUUUCCUGAGGAUUGUAAAUUUUAUCCUGCUGAUACAAAGGAUGAUCUUCACAAGUUCUUGUGGCUCUUUAAAGAGCAAAGGCUUAAAGUUCCUCUUUGGAGAACUCAACGACCUUACCUCAUGGCUCAAAAGGUUAAUGCAGUGUAUGAUGGCAAUUCUGAAAAAUGCACCCUCCUUCUCACCGGUUACCUUCGUGCUCGUAGCCUCUCAGUGAAUCAACUGGUUCAUGUUUCAGGUGCUGGAGAUUUCCAAUUGUGUAAAAUUGAAGUUCUUAAGGAUCCUUUUCCUUUGAAUUCAAGGAAAAAUCUGAACUUAAUGGAUUCAGAUGAAAAGCGUGAUAUGGAGGUCAUUGGUUCUCUCGUUCCAGAUCUUCAAAACCAGGAAGCUUUAGUUGUUGAGAAUAUACCGGAUCCUCUUGCUGGAGAGCAGACAUGGCCAACAGAGGCUGAAAUCGCGGAGGCUGAUGAAGAUCAAAAGCAAAAGAAGAUAAGAAAGAGAAGUCUUCCUCGAGGAACUUCAGAAUAUCAGGCUGCUUGGAUUGUUGAUUAUUCUGAUGAGGAGUCAGAUUGUGACAAUGAAGAUGAUGAUGGCAUGGUGUUGGAUGAAAUGGAAGAUGGGCUUCCUGGUCGAGAGGGAAACCAGUAUUUAGAAUUCGAUGGUGAUGAAGCUUCACUUAGAUUUGGAGAUUCUGAGGAAGAAACUGACAAUGAUUCAGUGAUGAUGGAAGUAGAUAAUUUGACUAAAGAGAAGAUACAAGAUGAACUUAAGGAACUUAAAGAAGCGCAUGCCGCAGAUGAGGAAUUUCCUGAUGAAGUGGAUACACCAUUGGAUUUACCUGCUAGGAAGCGGUUUGCAAAAUAUAGGGGACUCAAAUCCUUUAGGACUUCUUCAUGGGAUCCUAAAGAAUCUCUACCCCAAGAUUAUGCCAGAAUUUUUGACUUCGAUAACUUUAGAAGAACACAAAAACAUGUUCUUGCUAAAGCUUUAGAAUCGGAGCAAGAAAACAGGGAGGACUGUAUUCCAGUUGGCUCAUAUGCUAGGCUGCAUAUCAAGGAAGUGCCCAGUGCUGUUGCUUCUAAGUUAUGUGUGCUGGCAGAGACAAUUCCAAUUACAGCAUGUGGCCUGUUGAAGCAUGAGUCCAAAGUAUCUGUCCUUCAUUUCAGUGUGAAGAAGCACGAAACAUAUGAGGCACCCAUCAAAUCCAAGGAAGAGUUGAUAUUUCAUGUAGGGUUUCGGCAAUUUGUUGGCAGGCCAAUUUUCUCAAGUGAGUUCAUAAAUACAAACAAGAACAAGAUGGAGAGGUUUCUCCAUGCUGGGCGCUUUUCAGUUGCUUCAAUUUAUGCACCAAUUUCAUUUCCUCCUCUUCCUUCAAUAAUCCUUAAGAGAUCUGGAGAGGAUGCUACACCUGCAGUGGCUGCUGUUGGCUCACUGAAAACCAUUGAUCCAGAUAGGAUAAUCCUUAAGCGGGUUAUUUUGACAGGUUACCCCCAAAGAGUAUCAAAACGUAAAGCCUCUGUUAAACACAUGUUUUAUAAUCCAGAGGAUGUUAAAUGGUUUAAGCCUAUAGAGCUUUAUUCCAAACGUGGGCUUCGUGGGCGAAUUAAAGAACCUGUUGGUACACAUGGAGCAAUUAAGUGCCUUCUCAAUGGGGUUCUUGAACAGCGUGAUACUGUAUGUAUGAAUUUAUACAAACGUGCAUACCCGAAGUGGCCAAAUCAUCAUUUUCCCCUUCAAGACUUUUGAUGGGAUGGCAGUUGAAUUCUGUUAUCGGUCAAGGAAUUCAGAAGAAAGCCAAUUGUAUAUUGUUUGGGAAUGAAGCUCAGGUUCAGAUUGACUUCCUUGUUUGGAGGAUGGAGUUUAGGGACAGUAAAAUUACUCUUUAAUUUUUCACCGCUAGAUCUCCCUUGCUCGUGUGCACGUGUGAGAGAAGAUAAAUUAAUAGAUAUCAGAAUUUGUUUUUUAAUUUAAUUCCUUUUUGUAUUUACAUACAAAGAUACUGAGGGGUAGUAUGUAUUCACAUAUUAUGUUUCACAUAUUUCCCUACGUUCAUGGAUGCUUGCCUAAAUUUGUUUAUUUUUUAGAUGCCAAAU